AUGGAACAAACGAGUCUCCUGUACGACAUAGACCCGGUCUGCGGAUCGCAGCACAGCGCUUUGACAGCGCUACGUUUGCUGCGGAGCUACAACCACUUCGUCGUGCCUCCCGAUGGUCACGGAGUGGUACCAUUGCUGGCGUCUAUUCCACCACCAUGCCUACCAUCCUACUGUCAACAUCUACCACUAAUCCCAGUAUUUAGUAUUUUAGUUUCAGCGACCAACGUGUCCACAUCGUUGUGUGACAUGGAGUCUCGCAGGCGAGGGGAGAAGAGGCCGAUUCCAGCUGAGCUUAAAGAUGAGAAGUACUUCGAGAGGAGACGACGAAAUAACCAAGCUGCUAAGAAAUCCAGAGACGCCAGGAGAAUGAGAGAGGAUCAGGUAGUUCUUGGAUAAAUUAAAUAUAGAAUAGCCUGGCGAGCAUGUCUUCUCGAACAAGAAAACGCAUCUUUAAGAGCACAUAUCAAUGCUUUGAGGCAAGAAACCAUCGCCCUGAGGGCGUUGCUAGCAGCAAGAGAUGAAACAACGGCGCCCUCAUCUACAACGGAUUGA